AUGGUGCGAUGCUGCAAGAACGCAAACAUCUACGAUUUCAUCGUCAGUCUGCCAAACGGUUUUGAUACUCUCGUGGGUAGUAAGGGCAACAUGCUAUCAGGUGGGCAGAAACAACGUCUUGCAAUAGCUCGAGCCUUGCUCCGCAACCCUAGAAUCCUUUUGCUGGACGAGGCCACUUCCGCUCUCGAUUUAGAGUCUGAAAAGCUCGUGCAAGCUGCUCUGGAUACCGCCGCUCACGGCCGCACGACGAUUGCCGUGGCACAUCGUCUCAGUACGGUGCAAAAGGCGGGCAUGAUCUGUGUCUUCAACCAUGGCCGAAUAAUCGAGUCUGGCACUCAUUCGGAGCUGAUGCAGAAGCGGUCGGCAUACUUUAGCUUGUCAGCUUCCAGACUUUGGGCGGAAUGGAUACUAUCAGAUUGA